AUGGCACAGCAAGAGCCAGAUUCUGCAGGUAACCACUAUGUGACGUGCAGCGAUGGCACGCGGAUCCGUUGCCGGCUCCUUCUUGGGGGUCCCAAAGGCGAUGGCCACCUGGACCCCAGAGCUCGCACUGCGAUAUGCUUGCACGGUAUCGGAGAGGACUUGAGCUUUUGGGAGGAGGGCGUCUUCCGAACAGAGGCACUUCCAGACAACUUUUCAGGCUUUGAGGCCUCCAUGCCCCUGGUGUCUGGAGCAGAAGCCACACAAAAGCCCUGCGACCAGGUGCGGAGAGCAAAGUUUGCUCGGGCAUUAGCCAAGAGAGUCAACGUUGUUCUUGUUGAUCAGCGUGGUUUUGGGCAGUCCGACCGCCCAAGGACGCUGGCGCCGCUCCAGGACGAGAACAUUGUGCUUCUGACCAGUUGGAAAGUUCAGGAUGUUGCCAGCUUCACUGCUGCGGCAAAAGCAGAGCUGAACUGCGCCCGCAAAGCUGGCGCGGCCGCGCACAGCAUUUCUCUUUGUGGCGGCAGGGCGCUGAUUCGCAGCGUCUUCCGAGACACGGCAGUUCUUGCACCGCGGAUGCAAGGGAUGCACAUGGCCUCCCUUGGUGCCCUGGCUCCGGAGCAGCGCUUGGAGGCCCUCCUGAACCUGGAGCUUGCCUAUGUCCAGCAGCCGGUGCUCGACAAGGCGCACGAGCAGAACUUGUUUGCGGGUUUUGCAUCUCCAGCAGCGGAUCACACUGCUCAGAAGGCAGGGCUUGGAAUUCUGGACGUCGUCCUCGUGUGCCACCGUCUCCAGGGAGGGGGAAUGGCAUCUCUGGAGGAGCCUCUGGGUAGUGGCCUCAGUCUCUCCGUGAGCUCUGACGGGCAGGAAGCACUGGCUCUAGGUCAGUUUGCUGAUCUUGCUGGAGCUUUGACGUACCUACGGCACUUGCAGGGCUGGGUCGAUGGUAAUGAAGCCAACAGCGGCUGGCAGAUUCUCUCGGUGCAGAUUCAUGGGCGCAAUGCUGUGCUCAAGGAGCUCUCAUCACAGACCUCGCUGCCAAAGAAGCUGCAGGUCUACCAAAUGUAUCCGCUCUCAUAUGAAGAUGCAGAUGCAACAGAUCGGACUGCAACCAUCGAUGACUUUGUGUCGGAUGUGGAGCAGGUCCGACUUUAUACUGGAGCACCUACAGCCACAAUUGUCGGGCAUUCCAUGGGAGCAGCGGUUGCUUUACAAUAUGCUAUUCGUUUUCCUCAGCGCGUGGAGCGCCUUUGCCUGUCGGCAGCAGCCCCUCGCGUUGGUCCCGCAGCGUAUGAGAAUUGGAUGAGGAUGGCAAGCACCUACCAGGCCUGGAACCCAAAUGUGAUUCGCAGCACCGUGGCGGUCGUGAAUGUGCCAGACGACGCGAUUCGGGCAAUGCCUGCGCCCACGUUGUUAAUCAACGCCAAAGACGACCAGCUGACGCCGCUGAUUGGAUCUGAGAUGAUCAAGUCCAACCUGAAGACUACGCUUCUGUAUGUGCCCGAGUACGGCGGGCACAGCAACCUCGUCAAGAACGAUAGCUCGAUGGAACGUUUGACUCAUUUCAUGAUAUCGGAUGGAGCGAUGAUGUUUGUCACUGAUGUGCUUUUGGACGAGCAGCUGCUGAGUAAAUGGAACCUUCCAGGCGACAAGGCAUUUGUUCGCUAUUACAAUUGCGGGCGGGGUUUAGCUGAGAUUGAGCGCCUAGAGCGAAGAGCGCGGCUACUGAGAUGGUCGUCUGGAGACCACCAGGAAGAGAAGCAUACAAUCGAAGCAGACAAGGCAAAAGUCCUGCGAAGCCUGGACCUACCAAGCGACAAGGAAGAAACUCCGCGUGACCGCUUGAUGGCUGAGAUGAUGCGUGUGUUGGGUCGGAUGUCUGCUCCUGCUAGGCAGGCUGUUGACAACUCUGGCGUCUGGUGGAGAGAUGACGGUGCAGCGCAUGUUCUGCCUGACAAGCGAAAGCACAGCGUCGACGCAUGGGGACGGCGGAGAGGUGGAAGCAAGCAGGGAAAUUGCUUCGUCUACCGUUGGGACCUGACCUGCAUGCCAGCACUGUUGCAGCGUGGUGGGCUUGCAUCUGGACAGGCCUCCUCGCUUGGCUCUGACUUCUUCGCUUGCUGGUGGUGUGGAGGGCCUCCUGCGGCCCACGAAGACCUUGGCCAAGCCAACAAGGAGGAGCUUGCAGCACACUGGCAUCUCUUGGAGCCGAAGAAGGAGCUGGAUGUUUCUUGCUAG